AUGGCUACUAUUGAUAUUAUGGCUUUCACUAAGUCAGCAGACAUUUGUGACUUAUGGACAGCUAAGGCAACUGUCAUCUUUCCUGUUCCCAGGUGUGAGCUCCCACUCACUGCAGCAGCAAGAAAAAACUCGGAAUCCAGUGUUUGUUCCAGCUCCUCCUGCUGUUCGGAUGCUGUGAACACUACAGACCAGGACAAAGCAUUUCAUGGGUUACCUGCAAUAAUUGAUAAAUGUUGGUGGAUAAAAAGCUUUUUCCAUAGCGAACCAUCUCCGCCAACUGUUGGCAGAAAAAGACUAUCAGCAAGCAGGGGGAAGGAGCGGCUCGCACCACCUCCGGAGGGGGAGGGAGAAGGGGCGCAGCCUACAACAUCGGCCCCUCCUCUCUAUCCUCCAUUGUUGCUCUCCAGCGAGACGUCCCCACUCCCAACUCCCUCUAAUGGCGACCAGAGCGGAUUGCAGGGAAAGGCAGCGUGUAACCUUUCGCAGUCAGUUUUGCAGCAUCUUCAAGACAUGAGCUCGCAGUUACAGCAUAUGUCGAUCUUUGCCAAACCCCCCCACUGGGAAAAUGAGGCUUCCUCUCCGCAAUGUUUAGUUGGGGCUCCGGUGUCGAUCACACCUGCCCGCUGGAGCGGUAUUAUAAGGGAUGCCAUCCUAGAUGGACAGUGGAACGUUGCCACCACUAUGGGAGCACCGUCUGGUGUAAAAGAUGUCAAAAGAGUAACCACGCCACAAAAGCAUGUUCGGGAAACGAGGGGAAGAGCACGGACAGAGAGACCGCGUGUGGAAACAAAUGAAUCCUCCGGGCAAAGCAAGAGUUUUUCACAACAGCCUCAAACUGCAACGAGAGGCAGCUUGGGAAUCAGCUUGGAAACCACAAUAGACGUCGUCCUUAAUGACACAACCGUACAUGAGAUCCCUAGUAAUGCGGUCGAGCCAAGGAUUAAUUUAAAUGGCAAAAUGAAAGGACUUUUAGAGGGACAUUCUUCUGCCUGCGUUAAGGGACUACUAAUUGUUCCUAGGGUUAUUGAUGUGGAUUAUGCGGACCAGAUUCAUAUUAUGGUCCAUACCCUUUGUCCUCCUUUGUUUGUUCCAAAAGGCAGUAAGAUAGCGCAGAUCCUAGUGAUAGGCAGCUCAAUCGACCAUUCUUUAGCAAAGACUUCCCGUGAAAACCGAAGUCUUGGUUCCACAGACCCUACAGUUUGUUUUACUACGAAGAUGGACCACCGGCCUAAUAUGCGCGUGUUGAGUCAGAAAAAUGCAUCAGUACAAAUCUAUGCCAUGCUAGACACCGGAGCUGACAUCAUAAUCAUUAUAGUAGGUGAAGAAACCCUUUACCGCAUUCAGCCCCGACAAAACCUAUGGGUUACCUGGGCGAACAAAACGGGCCAAUCAGCGUUUUCUCUGUCUCUUGCUUCCCCAACAGAACCUUUUCGCACCUGUCUAAUAGGGGUACCUAGCUACAAUGUUACUCAUUUUGCUAAUUAUAGUGCAGGCAGAUGUACAAAGGAGAUUCAG